ACAUGUCUGUCACAAUUUAGACAGCUCAAAUCAGUUUUUGCCAUAGGCAUACAGUGCUAAAAUGUCUAAAAUGAAAUGGCUUUUACAAGCCAACUAAUCGAUGCCAUUUUUGGCAAUGCGUCGUCGGGGGAUGUUUAUUGGGAGACGGUGAUUUGUGUCCCGGGAUAUAAGAAAAUUGCUGCGGCGGCAACAUAGGCUAACAUCUAAACCCUGGCUCUCAAGCGGACGGUGAAACAUGGCUACCAUGAGGAUAUUAACAGCAGCUGGACUGUUCUUGGCCUUCUGCGCGCUGGGACUGUUGACCAUGGCCAUAAGCACGGACUAUUGGUACGAGACGGAUGCCAGGCGGCACAGAGAACGGUGCAAAAAAUACGCCAGCAAAAGGAUCGACCCGGGGUAUAUUUACAUUUCAAAUCAAAACCUCCCGUUGCGGAUGCGUCCGAAUGGAAAGGAUGUUGAACAACGGACGAAGACCACCGUUGAGGAGGGGGCUUUUUUGCGGGUGAGACGGGAAUCCCUAGCUCCAGCUGCGGGGAUAGAAUCCCGCUGCAGUCGGCGUUUCAACUCGACUGUGACCGGAUUGUGGAGAAAAUGCCAUCGAGAGGGUUUCGAUUUAGAGAACGAGGAUCUCAUAUUCAAAGGAUUGAUCCAGCGCUGCACUCCGGUCAAGUACUACUACUCCUCAGCCAACAUUCCCAAAGACCUGCCUCUCAACAUCACCACAACCAUACGCCAGGAUGAGUGGCACGCUCUACAUUUGCAGCGCAUGACGGCAGGCUUCAUCGGGAUGGCGGUGUCCAUCAUCCUGUUCGGCUGGAUGGUCGGGCUGCUGGGCUGCUGCAAACAGAACGAACUGAUGCAGUAUGUGGCCGGGCUACUGUUUCUAAUGGGAGGAACCUGCUGCAUCAUCUCUCUGUGCACGUGCGUGGCCGGCAUCAACUUCCAGCUGUCGCGCUACCCCCGCUACGUUUACGGCCUGCCUGAGGACAUCGGCCACGGCUACGGCUGGUCCAUGUUCAGCGCCUGGGGGGGCCUGGGGCUCACCCUGCUGGCCGGCUUCCUCUGCACGCUGGCCCCCUCCCUGCACACCCCGCAGAGCGUCGGCGCCAGCGGCGGUGGAGGUGCCGGCGGCAGCGCGCACGCACACAAGCCGCGGCAGGAGAACGGCAUUGUGUGAAUGAAAGAGACGCGCACGGCACGGCACGGCACGACACGCUGUGUUCUUGUUGCAACACCUCUGUUUGACCAGGAGUGCCCUUGGCAGGAAGGGGAGCUGUUGGCGGAGGAGAAAUGGCAUCUCAAUGGGACCCUUCUGGUUAA